UAGAACUUUAUUCUAAAGUUAUUUAUGCAAUGUAUUUGGAUGAGAAUGGGAUAUGGACACCCUCUUUUUGCCUUGCGUGGUUGUUGUUAACACCUUUGUGUGGCUCAUUGAUGUAAUGGCCUUAUGCUUGUAGGAUGUCGAAUUCUCCUGCAAUGGUACAUGGAGCUGAGGAAGCUUCACGUUGCUCUAGACGUAGGAACAAGUGGAGAUGUCCUGCUUGGUCUCCUGAUCAAUUAUGGUGUUAUAGGGAGAACCAUAUCUCCAAUCGUCCUCUUUCUGGGAUUGACAACUAUACGUUGCGAGGGUACGGUCACCUCUAGGGGGUGGUAAACUUCUUCGACGAGGAUGUUUUGUCGGAGGAAAGAUUCAUGAAACUUGUUAGGGGCGCCGGAUUUGGCAGGUUCUUGGACGCUCUUAAGGCGUUGACUUGGGAUAGGGCUCCUCACCCCUUCGUCUUGGCACUGUUGGAGUGGUUUUGGGAUACUACCAACACGUUUCACUUCCCUUGGGGUGAAAUGACCAUUACCCCCUUUGACUUCCAAAUGUUGACAGGAUUAGUCUUUACCGAUAAGCCUGUCGUUAUUGAUGAGAGCCUAGUGACAGGUUCAGAGGAGUUGAUUGCCUUGAGAGGGCCUAUUGCUACCAUUUCGAAAGGGCUUAAGACUAUUCGGCCUAGUACUUUGUUGGAGGGGUUUAGCAUUCCUGAGACGACUGAUGAGCAGCGAGCCCGUAUUAUUUGUUUGUUGAUGGUGAACAGCUUUCUAGUCCCUGAUGCCGGAGUUGAUACUAGUUGCCAUCUUCGAUAUUUGGCUUCUUUGACGGACCUGGGCAUGGCUGCGCAAUACAACUGGGCAGGCUUGAGUUAUGCUCAGUUGCUUUUGAGCAUGAGGAAGACUUGCCGUCAGCUGGACAAUUCUGUCAAUGUGUCUAUCUCGGGCCCGUGGCGAGUGAUCGAGCUGUGGGCUUAUUCUUACUUGCGUCCUUUAGCCCCCAGCCCUCCUAAGGCUCUACAAUAUCCUGCUGCCAAGCUUUGGGAUGUUCGAGCUCAUCUUAGGCCUCAAGAUGCUCUGGCGAAAACUCGUAGAAAGAUUAGGGAAAUGACAGAGGCUGAGGUGCAUUUUCGUCCCUUUGCUGGCAUCAAAGCUCCGCGCAGCAUUGCCCGGGCGAGGGAGUUGACAGCCACUCGUCGAGUGUUCGAGACUCCGGCCGCGUCUGUAUUGUAUCUUGGUGAGCGAGUUGUGAGGCAAUACGCUCGAGAUUACUUUGUGGUCCCUAUGGAUCCUCCUGCGUUGAUGAUGAGUUCAGACCUUGAGAGUGCCUUGGGCGAGGAUUCAUAUGAGGUUGUUAGCUAUGCGAUCUUGUUGCUUGAGGACCCGUCUUAUGCGGAGGAGCUACUCCCUCGCCUUGUUCCACCGGUCAGGCUUGUCGACCGUCCUAGGAGCAACUUUGCGGAUGGUGAGGUUCCCUUUGCUGACCUUACGAUCAGUUACGAGGGUCCAUCUGGUCGUGUACGUGAGCUUUUGGACGAGGCUCCGGAGUCAGAAUGGCAUGCUACCCGUUCCUUGCCUCCAGACUUCUCAGGAUUUAACCGAGCUGGAUCGGAGCGCAUACUCAGAUUAGUCGAUUCUCUGAAAUGGAACCUUCGUACUCAGCGAGCUCGUUCGUUCACACCGGCGCCCCAGUUCAUGCCUCAACCUGUGCCUCAGUCUCGACCUCAGACACAGUUCAUGCCCUCCUUUCAGUCUCCGCCUGCGCCUUAUCCUGGUUUUCAGCCGUUCGUUCCCGGAUUUCCUAUGAUGCCCACAUCCUCCGGGGCUUCGACUAGCCAGAUGCCUCACGUGCCGAUGUAUUACCUGUGGAUGCCGAUGUUUCCGACUCCGGACGGUUAUGGUGGCGGUACUCAUGGAGGUGUUGGUGGUGAUCAAGGGACUGAGAACUCUUUGGACAUUUUUCAGCCUUGUACUUACAAAGUUCUAUGGGUUGUGUGUGAUGUGUAUGCAAACUUUAUGUGAUGUAUGGAUUUCGUGUGAAUUUUAUGCAAUGAACUUUGUGA